AUGGCCUUGUAUAGAAAUGAACUCACCACAAGAUUGGACGAGGGUAAGGAAGUGGAAGUAUGUUAUCUGGACUUUAGCAAAGCAUUUGACUCAGUAUUUCAUCGCCUGAUUUUGGCCAAGAUAGAUGCCCUAUGGAUAAGGGGUAACAUCUACAAGUGGCUGACAGCUUUCAUGACCAAUCGGACCGUCCAGGUUCGGGUCGAAGAAGUGAACUCACCAGUGGAAACUGUUGCCAGUGGUGUUCCUCAAGGAUCAGUUCUAGGUUCACUACUUUUCUUGCCCUAUAUCAAUGAUCUACCUGAACGCCUUGGAUCGCCUAGCUAUAUGUUUGCGGACGUCGUCAAAGUUGUAAGAUGA